UUCUGUUGGAAACUUGGCAGCAGGUCGAGCUCAAAGCCCUGCCGAAAGAAACUUCUAAUUGCAUCGUGGGGCCCGAAAAACGCAUCCAUCCAUCCCUCCCUGUCUGCUCAUCCCCAUCAAUCUCCGCCGGGCUCACUUGCCACCUGUUGGGACCAGAGAGUUGCGAGUGAUCCUGUAUGUUAAUGUUUUAUCAAUAAUGGCAGAGCAUCCACCAUUACUGGAUACAACUCAGAUUAUAAGUAAUGACAUUCCUCUUUUACCUGCCCCUAUUGUGAGUGGGGAUGGAGCACAACAGGUUAUUCUGGUGCAAGUCAAUCCAGGGGAAGCAUUUACAAUAAGAAGAGAAGAUGGACAAUUUCAGUGCAUUACAGGUCCUGCUCAGGUUCCAAUGAUGUCCCCCAAUGGUUCAGUGCCUCCUAUUUAUGUGCCUCCUGGAUAUGCCCCACAGGUUAUUGAAGAUAAUGGUGUUCGCAGGGUGGUAGUGGUUCCUCAGGCACCCGAGUUUCACCCUGGAAGUCAUGCGGUGAUUCAUCGACCUCCUCAUCCUCCUCUGCCUGGUUUCAUUCCUCUUCCAGCUAUGAUGCCUCCUCCCCCACGCCAUAUAUAUCCACCGGUAACUGGAGCUGGGGAUAUGGCAACCCAGUAUAUACCACAGUAUCAUACUUCACAGGUAUAUGGAGACAUGGAUGCACUCUCUACACAUGGAAGGUCCAAUUUUAGAGAUGAGAGAUCUAGUAAAACAUAUGAACGUUUACAGAAAAAAUUGAAAGACCGACAGGGAACGCAGAAAGAUAAAUUGAGCAGCCCACCACCAUCUCCCCAGAAAUGUCCAUCACCUACAAGUGAGCCUAAUGGACUUUUAAAAGGCCAGAAUGCAAGUGGUGCGAGCACAGGAUCGACUAAGAACAAGACAGGAAAAGGGAAAAGUGGCCAACAAAUGGAUGUAGAAACAGAAGAAAAGGAUGAAGAAACAAAAGCACUUGAAGUACUUCUUUCUAACAUUAGCAAACCAGUGGUGUCCAAUAUCCAGGCAAGAACAGUUGUACUUACCUGGUCACCUCCUUCCAGUGACAUUAAUGGGGAAACGGAUGGGCCAAAAGUGCCAGAGCUCUGUGCUUAUGAAAUCCUGAUUUCAAGUGCAGGGAAGGAUGGCAAAUACAAAAGUGUUUAUGCUGGAGAAGAAACUACUAUCACUGUAAAUGAUCUCAGGCCAGCAACAGAUUACCAUGCAAAAGUUCAAGCAGAAUGCAAUUCCACGAAAGGAAGUCCUUCAGAGGCUGAAAGUUUUACCACUUUGAGCUGUGAACCUGAUACACCCAACCCACCCAGGAUUGCCAACCGGACCAAAAAUUCACUCACCUUGCAGUGGAAGGCAUCUUGUGACAAUGGUUCUAAAAUCCAUAAUUAUCUUUUAGAAUGGGAUGAGGGAAAAGGAAAAGGUGUUUGUCAGUGUUACAGUGGCCCACAGAAGCAAUUUAGGAUCAAACUAUCACCAGCAAUGGGUUGCAAAUUUAGAUUAGCAGCCAAAAAUGACAUGGGCAUGAGUGCCUUUAGUGAAGAAGUCCUAUAUUACACCUCAGGCAGUGCCCCUUCCAUGCCAGCAAGUCCUACACUAAUCAAAGCUGGAAUUACUUGGUUAUCCUUACAGUGGACUAAACCCUCAGGAACACCAUCUGAUGAAGGCAUCUCUUAUAUUUUAGAGAUGGAGGAAGAGACCUCAGGAUAUGGUUUCAAGCCCAGAUAUGAUGGCGAGGAUCUUGCCUAUACCGUGAAAAAUCUCAGACGAAGUACAAAGUAUAAAUUUAAGGUCAUUGCUUAUAACUCAGAAGGCAAGAGCAAUCCAAGUGAAGUAGUAGAAUUUAUGACAUGUCCAGACAAACCUGGAGUACCUUUAAAGCCAUCAGUUAAGGGAAAGAUACAUGCACAGAAUUUUAAAGUUACUUGGGAUCCACCAAAAGACAGUGGAGGGGCAGCCAUAAAUAAGUAUGUUGUGGAAAUGUCACAUGGCUCAAAUGGCAACAAAUGGGAUGUAAUAUACAGUGGAGCUGCUAGGGAACAUCUCUGUGACCGACUGAAUCCAGGCUGCUCGUAUCGCUUACGUGUAUAUUGUAUCAGUGAUGGAGGACAGAGUGCGGUAUCUGAAUCUUUACUUGUGCAGACUCCAGCUGUAUUUCCUGGUGUAUGCCUGCCACCUAGACUACAGGGUAGACCAAAACCAAGGGAAAUACAGUUACGAUGGGGGCCACCUCAAGUUGAUGGUGGAGCACCCAUCACCUGUUAUGGUGUGGAAAUGUCUCCUCUAGAAGUGGAUGAACCCCGAGAAGUGUACCAGGGUACUGAAGUGGAAUGCACCGUGAGCAGCCUUCUCCCUGGAAGGACUUACAGUUUUCGAUUACGGGCCGCUAACAAAACUGGGUUUGGACCAUAUUCAGAAAAAUGUGAAAUUUCUACAGCCCCUGGGCCACCAGAUCAUUGCAAACCCCCUCAAGUGACAUGUCGAUCUGCAACCUGUGCACAAGUGUUUUGGGAGGUCCCUGUUAGUAAUGGAGCAGAUGUCACUGAGUAUCGUUUAGAAUGGGGAGGAGUUGAAGGGAGCAUGCAAAUAUGUUACUGUGGGCCGGGUCUCAGUUAUGAAGUGAAAGGACUUUCACCAGCAACCAUCUACUAUUGCAGAGUCCAGGCGGUGAGUGUUGCAGGAGCAGGCCCUUUCAGCGAAGUAGUUGUAUACAAGACUCCAGCCUCUGUCCCUGCUGUUGUGGCCUGUGUUCAGGGGAUAAAUGAAGAUGAAGUGGAGAGUCCACACUAUUCACCUUCCACUUGCCUUGCCAUAAGCUGGGAAAAGCCCUGUGAUCACGGAUCAGAAAUCCUUGCCUACAGCAUAGAUUUUGGAGACAAACAGCCUAUUACAGUCGGGAAGAUUUCCAGCUAUGUUAUAGACAACUUACAACCAGACACCACGUACAGAAUACGAAUUCAAGCCUUGAACAGCCUUGGAGCGGGUCCUUUCAGCCACACGAUAAAAUUGAAAACGAAACCCCUCCCCCCUGAUCCACCUCGUCUGGAAUGUGCAGUCUUCAGUCACCAGAACCUCAAACUCAGGUGGGGAGAGGGGACUCCAAAGGCACUGCCAACCGAUUCCAUUCAGUAUCAUCUUCAAAUGGAGGAUAAGAAUGGACGGUUUGUUUCCUUGUACCGAGGACCAUGUCAUACAUACAAAGUUCAAAGACUCAGUGAGUCAACAUCCUAUAAAUUCUGUAUUCAAGCUUGUAAUGAAGCUGGGGAAGGUCCCCUUUCUCAAGAAUACAUUUUCACUACCACAAAAUCUGUCCCAGCUGCCUUGAAAGCUCCAAGAAUAGACAGAGUAAAUGAUCACACCUGUGAAAUAACAUGGGAGCUUUUGCAACCAAUGAAAGGAGAUCCAAUUAUUUACAGUCUUCAAGUAAUGGUGGGAAAAGACUCAGAAUUCAAACAGAUUUACAAAGGCCCUGACUUGUCCUUCCGGUAUUCAGGGCUUCAACAGAACUGUGAAUAUCGUUUUCGUGUGUGUGCCAUUCGACAGUGCCAAGACCCGGUAGGUCAUCAGGACCUCGUAGGACCCUACAGUGGAACGGUAAUAUUCAUCUCUCAGAGGACUGAACCACCAACCAGCACCAACAAAGACACUGUGGAAACCACAAGGACACAACGGUCACUAAGUGAUGAGCAGUGUGCUGCUGUCAUCCUUGUGCUCUUUGCUACCUUUUCCAUUCUGAUUGCCUUUAUCAUUCAGUACUUUGUAAUCAAGUGAAAACAUAACCUUACUUUAGAAUGCUCUCAUUUCAUUUUAGUUGGUCACAUUCUAAAAAAAAAAAAUUCUGUUCUGCUUUUACAAAAAGAGUGGCGUUUAGCACCGGCAUUGGGACUGUAGCAUUCCAUUUCUGCCACUUUAAAAUGCUUAUGUUGUUAGGUAGAGGCUGGCACUUUAUUAGAAUGCAAGCCACAGAAACGUCAAGUACUUUUUUUUUUUUUUUGAACAUGCCUUCUAGUAAUACAAACUUUAUAUGAGGCAACAAUGUGUCAUUGAGAUUUUGGCCAGUCAGCCUAAGUGUAACAGUGGUAACCCAGGCCAGCUGAAGGAUUAUUAAUUACCAUGUGAAAAAUACCUUUAUGAAUAGAAGUAUUCAAAAGUUACACUUACACAUGCGGAAUAAAAUGUUUAAAGUCUAAUGCUGUGAAAGCAAUUUAGAGCUGUAUUUCUACCUCCUCAUUUGUCUUAAUAAUUUGGGAAGUGGGAGUAUGAUGAAUAAUAGAGGGGAUUUUCUCAGGCAGCAAAACAAUAAACUGGAUGGAAGCUUACGCAUGAAAGAAGCCUCUUAUCUGAUAAAUGCGGAGUUCUUCGCUGCAAGUAGGGACCUAUAAGACUUAAAGAUGGCCCAGGCGGUUUAAUCUUGCCUAAAAACAAUUUCCAGGUUCCUCAAAAAGUACCUCUCCUGUGUCUUGUCCACAUGGAAAGCAAAGAGGGCUUUGAGGUAGUUACUUUUAAAAACCUAAUUAAAAUCAGUUUUGAACUUCACACCCAUUGAAUUAGGUUGCCGUUUAUAGCGAUGUGUGGAGGUGUGCAUUCACCUAUACACAGGCCAGAUGUAUAUCUCUUGCAAACUGCUCUGUCCGAAUCAAUAAGCGCCAGCCCUCUGAAGUAAGUUGUGUACAGAUUGUAGAACCUCCAUAGACGUUGCUGCUUCCCCUACACCUACUGCCAUCACAAUCAGAAUUUUGAAUUUAGCAUUGCCUUUUUUUGUUAGGGGCACCAAAUCGGAAGACAAAAUGUAAUUUGCACCAGAAAACUUUGAGCUGCUUUCUUUCUUGAAAAACUAAUGUUUAAUGUAAUGUCUGUUUGGAUAUGUACCGAAUUGUUGAUUGCAUGUGGUUAAUGUUGCAUUAGAGCACUUUGCAAUUGCAUAACUCAUCAAUGUUUUGUGAGCUUGCAUCUGUGAGUUCUUGGAUGAUCCGACUGAAUUUUUGUCAAGUAUCACAUUGAACAUCUUGCUAGAUGUCAAUGACUGCCAGUACCACACAGCUUGUAGUGAAACUAUCUAAAAUUCUUUGUCUCAUCACACUUUCACUAUCUGUUAAACUACUUGUAAUUAGCUCUCUUAAUUUAUUAUUUGAGUUGUAGGAUAGUGAAUCACUAAUGAUUUUUAGUUGCUGGGUUUAGCAUUGUUAAUGGUUAUUAAGCACUUCUGUCAGUCUUUGAAAAAGGAACCUAUGUUUUGUGCUUUGAAGAUCUCUUAUAUUAGAAUGGGCAUGUAUCGUAAUUGUUUCACGUCCAAUGAUCUGUGCUGUAGAAUAACAUUUUUUGUCGGAAAAAAGAAACAUAAACUUGGCCCUCCCAGGUGGUAAGAAUGAUGAUUUGUCACUAUAAUGUACUGUAUGUUUACAUUUUACUUUAAUUCUGUCACCUAUGUAAAGGCUAAUACCGUCCCAUGAAGCAUACCGAUAGCAGAUGUUUUCUAGAACCUUCUUAAAAGUGCCAUGUUUGGCAGUACAAAUGAGGUUGAGUGUAAUAGCCCAGAGAUUUCUAUAUGGUUGAAUGUCUAAAAUGGUAAGAUUGGUCACUGUGGUCAAUCUACGGUGGCUUAUGUUUUUCAUAGUAAAAUUCAAAUGAACUCCUAUUUUUGAUAAUAAAUGUCAUUUAAUAGCGUAUUUGCCAUUUGAACCUCACUGCAAAUGAAUGCAGAGGAUAAAAUUUUUAAUGUAAUCUUAAUUUUACCUCAUAUACUGUACAUUCCAAAAAAAACUCUAAACUUUUUAAAAUGUAAUAGAUACACUACCAAACAUAUCACUUUAAAAUUGUAUAAUGUUGGACUUCAUACAGAUGAAAAAGUAUAAUCUCAUAGAAAUAUACAUAAACAAUGUAGCAAAAGUAUCUUUAAAAUCUGUGGAAAAUAAAAGUUGUAUAAUUCUUU